UUUUUUUUGGGCGACACCAAGUCGGUGGGCAGCGAUCGGCUCAAAAUGCUCACUGCGGGGAUCGAAAUACGUCGGAGCAGCGAUAUACCCGCAUAUCCAACAUAUAAAUUUUCUCCCUUUGAAUUGCUUUAUCUUUUUUCCUUCUUUUGCCUCUUUUGUACGCCUUUAUUUUUUCUUCUUCUUCUCUUUACCUUUGUCUUAUCCAUCCAUCUUUUUCCUACCGUUUACCGCUGUUAUACACCAUGGAAGGACACGCAGGAUGCAGCCACCACGCCGCUGGUCAAAUGGGCGAUAUGGCCAAUAUGGGUCAUAUGGGCCAUAUGGCAAUGGGCCACGAAGGCCACACUAUGCCGGACAUGCCUGAUAUGUCGGAUAUGUGUAAUAUGAAUAUGAUUUUCAAUUGGCAAGUGAAGAAUGUGUGUGUGGUAUUUGAAUGGUGGCAUAUUCACACGGCCUUGGGAUUGCUUCUGUCUUGUGCGGCUGUGUUUGCCAUUGCCGCCGGUUACGAAUAUCUGCGAGUGUAUGCAUCUUCCCUCGAUCAGCGAUACAAGUUGGCCAACGCCAAAAAGCAAGCCGCCGGAAACGCUGCUCGCAUCGACUCUUCAGAACCAUCAGAGAGUGAAGGACUCUUGCAUGGAUUUACCAAGGAUGGACCAAGUCUUAGCAAACAACAAGCCAUCAUGCGAUCAGUCAUGUAUGCUUUCUUGAUGGCCAUCAGUUUCUGGCUCAUGUUGGUGUUUAUGACUUAUAACGGUUACUUGAUGAUUGCCACUAUUCUCGGAGCUGGUUUUGGUCAUUAUUUCUUUGGUCAAGGUCGACUGAACGCUAACCGAUCCAUUUCAUGCCAUUAAGAGUUUUUAAAUGCAUUCUGUUGUGUAGCCUUUUUUUUUUUCUUUUGCCUAAACUCUCUUUUUUUACCCUUUCUCCUCUCUCCUCCCCUUUUUUUUCCGUUUCUUGUUGUUCUCCGGCGGUCUGGACUCAUCGCUGCGUAGCGUUUUUCAUUGCAUUUUCUCCUAUUCCUUGCAUUAUCCUUCCAUAAAAUGGCAGUGCUGGACAAUGAUAUCCCUGGUUAACGAACAAUACAGUAGCAGACCUUGAAAACUCUUUUUCAA